AUGAUUAUAUCAAAAUCUUUACUGAUAUUAUUGAAUUGUGAUCAAUAUUUACAUAAUAAACGUGAUCCUGUUUUUCUUAUCAUAUCUGGUUCAUGUGCUACUCAAUGUUUACCUCGUAUUCAUAAUCUACCUGCUAUUGAUUCGAUAUUUAUCUAUUGUGCUUCGCCAUCAAAAUAUAAAAAAAUGAUCGAUACGAAUACAAAAGUAGUUAGUUGUGUGUCAACUGAACGAGAACUUUUGAAUCAAGUGCAUUGGUGGACUGAAUUAAAAUGUUCAACUCAAUUUUACACAUGUGGAAAUGGUUUUAAACGUUUGACACGUGAUUCAUCACUUUUUCUUGCCUAUUUCUUGGUACUCAAUGGAAUUCCUGACGGUAGUACUAAAGAAGAUAUGGUAGAUGUUUGUCGAGCUUAUUAUGCUGAAAAUACAAUUGAAAAUGAAAAUAUUAAUGAAUUCGAAAUAAAUUAUACUCAAGAUCAAGCAAUUGCAUGGUAUACGAAGAGUACAUUCGUCUAUAAAAUGUUAAAGAAAACCUUACGUCUUUUCGAUUUGAAUAAGCUCUACGCGUUUGCUUUUUAUAUUCGUGACUUACAAAACCAACUAGAAAACUGGCAUUAUACUUCGUCGAAAACAUUUUUCGUCUAUCGUGGAUUAACUAUGUCAUUAGUUAAUAUAGCUCAACUUCAAGCUAAUGUAGGAAAUCUUGUUGCACCAAAUGGUUUCUUAUCAACAAGUCGAACACGAGAUAUUGCAAUGAACUAUGCCAGAAAACAAACUAUUCUUGAACAAGGUGAUAAUUUCUGUAAUGUUCUUCUAGAAAUAGAGAUUGGUACAGAUGUUUCUUCAUCUUGUAUUUUUGCUGAUGUAUCACAUGUUAGUGCUUUUCCAGAAGAGCAAGAAAUUUUGUUUUCUAUUGGAACAAUAUUUCGUAUAAAUGAAGUUAGUUUGUCAUCUCAAACGGGUAUUUAUAUUAUCAAAAUGAAAACAGCCAAUUGCAAAGAAUAUGCUCUUGUUGACAAACUUCUUACUAUUGCACGAGAAAAAUUUGAUGAACAUACAAAUCAACAACUUAUUCUCAAACUACUUCAAUAUGCCCAAUCAUUUUCACGUUAUCAAUUUAAUUUUGAUCGAUCAUGGACAUGGAGUGAUAUCAAAAAUGGAAUGUAUGCUACUUCUCAUAGAGCUGUAAAAGCUUUAAUUUCCGGAGCUUAUAGAUUUACUCGAACAAACUAUUUACAAUCAAAUACAACAACAACAUUAGAAAUUACAGGAUCAAAUAACAUUGAACCUGGCUUUUGCUUUUAUUCGGGUACUUCAAUAUUACAUACACGACUUCGAACUGAUGUCGAUGAUGAUAAAAAUUGGAUAAGUAGUGGUGAAUUUAUACGUAUUUUGGCUUCUUCCGAUUUUCAAGAAUAUCCUCGUACAUAUUUUGUUAUUUCUAACGUUCAAUUACCAUCUUAUCUUCUGAUAUUGGGUUCUAAAUGGUUACAUAUUUAUUAUAAUAAUGGUGAUGAUGAUGAUGAAGUUAAAUUUGAUCAAGUUUAUUGUCAAUUUAUUCAUGAUUUGGCACAAUACUAUCGUGAAAUUGCUCAGCGAAUUCUGCGAGAGCAAAAUGAUCGUGAAAAAGCAAAAUUAAAAAUUUUAUUGGCGCAUGAAAAUUCAACUCGUACAAUUUCGUUUGAAACAUCUUCCCUUUUUUGCCUGGUUGAUACUAAAAGUUAUUUAGAGAUGUCAGAUACUCAGUUAGGAGAGACUGCUCCACUUGAUUUAUUCGAUGAUCAAAUAGAGGCUAUUAUUUUGGAUCAAAAUGGCGAGAUAUCAAAUGCUGAGCAACAACUAAAACCGUUCGGUUCUAUUGUAAAAAUAAUUGAAAAUUUAAAAAUAUUAAAAACAUUAUUGAAAAAUAAAUCUGAAAAAACAAUUAUUUUCAUACUAAUUCUUCCGAAUGGAAGUCGAAGUGAUGUUAUAGAAUUUCUAAUUAAUGAAGAAUUUCGACAACAAUCAAUACAUUCAUUUUAUUUGUUUUUCAUUAAUGGAGAACAACAUGAAGCCGAACUACGGAAGCAUUUUCCUCAGCUAUCUAUCGAAUGUUAUUCUAUAACAGAACGACGUUAUGAUGAAAUUCAAAUGGUCUUAUCAAGUGCAUGUGAUCUGAAUAUUAAAUUUUGCUAUCGACAAGCAGCAAAAGAAGAAGCUCAAGAUAACAAAGGUCUAGCAUUCAUUUAUGAGCAACAACGUCGAAAUCUUAUAAUACUUCAACGAACUUUUAAUAAUUAUCUUCUCAAUGAAAUUGAUAAUCACUGA